UUCUCAGGAUUUCAGUGGGCACAGACAAUGAUCUUUGCUAUAGAGGAAAUAAACAGGGACCAGACCCUUCUUCCCAACAUUACUUUAGGUUACAGGCUGUAUGAUAACUGUGUGAAGCUGCCAGUGGCAAUCCGAGCAGCAGCAGCUCUUGUCGGAGGUCUGGAGGAGGUUAUCACUGACUACAGCUGUAAAGGGCUCCCUCCUGUCAUUGCUGUUGUUGGAGAUCCUGGUUCAACGCAUUCUAUUGUAAUAUCAAGGAUUCUGGGUCUAUUCCGGAUGCCUCUGGUCAGCUAUUAUGCCACUUGUUCCUGCUUGAGCAGCAAACAAGAGUACCCUUCAUUCUUCAGAACAAUUCCAAGCGAUACCUUUCAGGUCAAAGCAAUGGUUCAAAUUAUUAAAAAAUACAGGUGGACCUGGGUGGGGGCUAUAGGAAGCGAUGAUGACUAUGGCCAGUAUGCUGUCAAAACCUUCAGCAAGCAAGUUGAGAAAUUUGGCUGCAUUUCUUUCUCAGAAACUAUACCCAAAGUCAACGAAAAGGAGAAAGUUGUUCAAAUAGUCAAUACUAUAACUCAGUCAACAGCUAAAGUGAUUGUAGUGUUUGCAUCAGAAGCAGAUGUCACUCCGCUGGUGAAAGAAAUCGUUCGGCAAAACGUCACUGGCAGGCAGUGGAUUGCAAGUGAAGCGUGGAGUACCUCCACUGUUUUAGCCAGCAAGGAAAACUUUGCCUCCUUUGGUGGGACAAUAGGAAUCGCCAUACGUAGAGGAGAAAUCCCAGGGCUGGAACACUUUCUCCUUCAGAUCCGUCCUGUUUUUGACCCCAUCUGCACAGGUUCAGAGGACAUUCGGCAUAAGAACACAGCCUAUAGUGAUGUAUCAGAAUUGAGGGCUUCCUACAAUGUGUAUAAAGCAGUGUAUGCCUUAGCACAUUCCCUGCACAACCUGAUGUCCUGUGAGAGUGGAAAAGGGCCAUUUGAAAACAAUACCUGUGCAGACAUCACAAUUGUGCAGCCCUGGCAGCUUCUGCAUUAUUUAAAGGACGUCAAUUUCACCAAUCAUUUAGGAGAGAGGGUGGCUUUUGAUGAAAAUGGGGAUGCACUUGCAAUCUAUGACAUAAUGAACUGGCAGAAGACUAAUGAUGGAGCCGUACACAUUAAAACCGUCGGUCGUUUUGAUGAAACAGCUCCUGCUGGGAAAGAACUAUCAUUAAUUGAAGGCGAUAUCUUUUGGAACUCUGACUCUAGAACAAUUCCUCAGUCUAUCUGCAGUGAAAGUUGUGCACCCGGCACAAGAAAGGCGACCAGGAAAGGGGAGCCAGUCUGCUGUUUUAACUGUAUACCAUGUGCAGAUGGAAGAAUUAGCAGUGAAAUAGAUUCAAUUGAAUGCUUCGAUUGCCCACCAGAUUUCUGGUCAAAUGAAGGACGAAACCAGUGCGUGUUAAAAGAAAUUGAGUUUCUGUCAUAUAAAGAUCCUAUGGGAAUCAGCUUGACAACCAUUGCAUUACUCGGAGCCGGCUUAUCAGUUGGUAUAUUAGUCGUUUUUAUAUUCUAUCGGAACACCCCAGUGGUAAAAGCUAAUAAUUCUGAAUUGAGCUUUAUGUUGCUGGUUUCCUUGACACUGUGUUUUCUUUGCUCAUUGUGUUUUAUUGGGCAGCCUACAAACUUGACGUGUCUGCUGAGGCAUAUGGUAUUUGGAAUAAGCUUUGUUGUUUGUAUUUCUUGCAUUCUUGUAAAAACAAUUGUUGUGAUAAUGGCAUUUAAAGCUACCUUACCCAGUGAUAAUCUCAUGAAAUGGUUUGGUGUUGCCCAGCAAAGAGGCACUGUCUUCCUUUUAACCUUUAUCCAAGUUGUAAUAUGUAUUGUGUGGUUGACCAUAGCUCCUCCUCUCCCAACUAAAAACACAAAGUAUCAAACUGCGAAAAUAAUUUUUGAGUGCAAUGCCGACUCUUUCAUUGGAUAUAGCUGUCUGCUAGGAUACAUAGGCUUGUUAGCAUGCACCUGCUUUCUGUUUGCUUUCUUUGCAAGGAACCUACCAGACCACUUUAAUGAGGCUAAGUUUAUUACUUUCAGCAUGCUCAUCUUUUGUGCCGUUUGGAUCACAUUCAUACCAGCUUAUGUUAGUUCCCCUGGAAAAUACACAGUAGCUGUUGAAAUUUUUGCUAUUUUGGCAUCUAGCUUUGGUCUCCUUGUUGCCAUAUUUGCUCCCAAAUGUUACAUUAUUCUGCUUAAACCAGAAAAGAAUACUAAGAAAGCCCUUAUGGGCAGAGCAGGAACUAACUAGUAAACUAUUAGUCGAGAUAAAUAAAGGCAGUUAUAGUGACUG